GCCUUUUUUUAAUAUACAUGGUGCAUAAAGACAAUAAAGCAAACAUUUACAGAAUAUUUACCACAAAUGUUUAUAUUUAAACAUCAAAAAUUGAUUGACUCUGGAAGAUGGGACAUUAUUGAAAUGAAAAAUAACCUAAAUCUUUUUUUUAAUCCACAAAAGUAGAAGCUGAUGUGACACAUAAAAAUAAACUGGGUGUUUUUGCUGUGUAAUAUGAUAAGGUAUGUCUGAAUCUAAAGACACAUUUCAAACAUAAGUAGCAGAAAAACAAUCAUUUGAUUAUGUGAUUUGUUCUGUUAGUGUAGAGAAUAAAAGCUGCUUCUCAGUGAGAAAUGUUUACAGUCAUUUAUUUAAGAGUGUAACGUGUGGAGGUGUAUGUAGUGGGUGGCCUGAGUGAGGGUGUUCAGAAUACGAAAGAAAAAACUGGUAAUUGUGCUUUAGUAAGUACAUGUUCACAAGGCACAUAGUUUAUUUUCUCUUUGUGUGAUUUAAGAAGAAAACUAAACUCUGCAUUGUAACGAGAUUAGGACCCCAGAGUAGGAGUAUUAGAGCUGUAGAUGCACAUGCAGCUACUCAAGGCUUUAAAUCUGAUAAACUAAACACAAAACAUACAGGUACUGUCAAUACGUUUUUUAUUGUUAAACUAAGAAACUUGAUUCAUUAUGGAAACAAAAACUAUCAUGUUGAAUUUAACACCAGUAACGCAUUUCCGAGAAGUUCAGAUAGGAGGAAAAAAUUUACUUUUGUGUGGCUCGUUCUGAAGCAUUAAUAUUCCUUAAAUCGAACCAGUCCAUUGUAGUUCUGGCUGUCGGUUUAGGGUCAUUGUCCUGCUGGAAGGUGAAGGAACCCAAUCUUAAAUUUCUGCUGUCUCAAACAGGAUUUCCCUGUUUUUAUCUCCAUACAUCGUAGUAGCUACCCUCUCCUAUCUGAACAGAAGUCUUCCCACAGCAUGAUGCUACCACCACUACACUUCAACAUGGUGAUGGUAAGCUCAGGGUAAUGAGCAGUGUUACUUUUCCACCACAGAUAGUGUUUUGUAUGUAGGCCAAUAAAGCUAAAGUAGGAUCAGAGCUGACUAGGACAACUUUUUCCACAUGUCUGCUUUGUCCCCUACACAACUUGUGACAUACUGCAAAUAAAACCUUCAUUCCUUCAACAACAAUUGUCUUCUUACCACACUUUCAUAAAUGGCAGAUUAGUGAACAGUGUCAACAGAUUCCCCACCUAGGCUGCUCCUCUGAAGCUCCUCCAGAGCUACCAUGGGGCUCUUGGCUGCCUCUGCAAUUAAUCCUCUCCUCGCCUGACUUGUCAGUUUAGGUAGAUGACCAUGUCGUAAUAGGCCAAACUCAUUUUCCAUCUUGAAGUCUAAUGGAUAGAGCAGUGUUGUGUGCGAUGUUUAAAGGUUGAGACAUUGUUUCCAUAAAAGCCAGAUUUGUGGCAUGCAUGACUAAUACUUAUUGUGUCAACAGAUUCCCACACCUGAGGUAUGGAUCGUUUCAGAUAUUCAUUUAUGAAAAAUGUAAACCCAUCAUUUGCCUUCCACUUCAGUCAUCUGCUACUUUGUGUUGGUUUAUUGUAAAAGAAUACAAUAAAAUGACUAAAUCUGCAAGGGAGUGGUGUAAACUGCACUUCUGUAAAUGCAGACUUGAAAUAUACCCUAUUUAAACAAAACAUCAUGACACAAAAAAAUUCAAUCUUGACGCUUACAGAGUCGUCUAGGAUCAAAUAAUUAUCUCAGAAUUUGAUCAGGAUUAGGUUCAUCAAAAAUAUAUAUGAAUAUACCAAUUUCAGCUAGGAUGAUCAGAAGCAUGAAUCAGAUUAUAAUUUCUGUGUAUGAAUGGAUGCUGAGUGAUUAAAGUCGCUUGAAUCUCUGCACCUUUAAAUUUCUCAGCUCCUCCCUCUCCUCAGUGACAAGCCUGCAGAGCUGCUUCUUUAAUGCAUCCAGAGGAAAUGACAAACUAGAGGCGCUCUGUGGCCAGGCAUAUCAAAUAAUAUCACUGAUCCUGGGCUGUAGCCUCAGCCGCUCAACCCAUACUCACAUGUGAAUCCGCUAACUGGACACCUGCGGCCCCGCUCGUUACUUUGCGGACUCUCGGGGGCUGGAGCGGACUCGCUGAAUGGACGUCGAUGGGCUGGACUGAUAUCCACUUCAGUCGGACCGAGCAAGGGAGCGAAAGAGAGCACUGCAUGUUCAAGUUUCCUGCUCCAAGCAGAGGAGCAUCGCUGUGUGCGUGUUGGAUGCGUGUGGAGGUGCGUGUUGGGUGCGUUGCGCCCGCAGGAGCAGCAGCAGGAGCGGCGGUGGGAAGCGAAGUUUAGCGCCGUGAUUUUAUUAUUUUUUCGUUCCCUCUCCUUCAAUUUUGUUGUGUCGCUGUUAUGUCCCAGAGGUGGACAGGUGGGUUAACGUUUCCCCGAUGAAAACGGAUCAUCUGUGCAGAGGCUCAGUGAUCGUGACUGUGAUGAUGAUGUCGAGUAAGAGCGUGGAGUGGCUGCAGGACGAGCUGGAGUCCGGGACCGGCGCGCUGCUGCUGCUGGACUGCAGACCCCAUGAGCUGUACGAGUCCUCGCACAUCGAGUCGGCCAUCAACCUGGCCAUCCCGGGCCUCAUGCUGCGGAGGCUGAAGAAGGGCAACCUCCCCAUCCGCUCCAUCAUCCCCAAUAAUGAGGACAAGGACAAAUUCGUCAAGCGGUGCAAGACAGACGUGGUGCUCCUGUACGACGAGGCGACGUCGGAGCGACACGAGUCCGGGCUGGGGAGCUCCGUGAUGGGGCUGCUGCUGCAGAAGCUGCGGGACGACGGCUGCAAAGCUUUCUACCUGGAGGGAGGCUUCAACAAAUUCCAGUCAGAGUAUCCAGAGCACUGCGAGACCAAUCUGGACUGCUCGUGUCCCAGCAGCUCCCCGCCAGCCUCAGUCCUGGGCCUGGGAGGACUCCGCAUCAGCUCCGACUGCUCGGACGGAGAGUCCGACCGUGAGCCGAGCAGCGCCACGGAGUCGGAGGGCAGCCCCCUCCCUAAUAACCAGCCUGCCUUUCCCGUCCAGAUCCUGCCGUAUCUUUACCUGGGCUGUGCCAAAGACUCUGCAAACCUGGAUGUGCUCAGCAAGUACAACAUCAAGUACAUCCUGAAUGUCACGCCCAACUUGCCCAACAUGUUCGAGCACGAGGGAGACUUCAAGUACAAACAGAUCCCCAUCUCCGAUCACUGGAGUCAGAACCUCUCGCAGUUUUUCCCUGAGGCCAUUUCAUUUAUCGACGAGGCUCGUUCCAAAAAGUGUGGCAUCCUGGUCCACUGCUUGGCGGGGAUCAGCCGUUCGGUCACCGUCACCGUGGCCUACCUGAUGCAGAAACUCAACCUAUCACUCAAUGACGCCUACGACUUUGUCAAGCGGAAAAAGUCCAACAUUUCCCCCAAUUUCAACUUCAUGGGGCAGCUCCUGGACUUUGAGCGGACGCUGGGCCUCAACAGCCCUUGCGACAACCGCUCGACCUCCCCGCAGCGCGACCAACUCUUCUUCACCACCCCAACCAAUCACAACGUGUUUCAGCUGGACACACUGGAGUCCACUUGAAAGUAUGACUCGAGACUGUCCCCACCCCUUCUCUUCUUUAAGAGGUAGGAGGUAACAAGUGGCUGCACUUGGAGAUAAGCAGCCGGUUUUAUUGAAAGUUUUUCGCCUUCUGAGGCUCCUCGUUCAAGAGCCUGGCGGCAGAGCUGCUCUAGAGCGACGGGAGGGGUCACUGAAGCCAAGUUUAAGAAGAUGUGAGAGGAGUUUCUUUAACCCAGAGUGGGGAACUGUGGGUGUACACCUGAGUUGUCGUUGACAUCGAGGCUCGACUGAGUUGACUGAACGGCCGCAGCUUAAUACAAAGAUAGGAACAUGGAGGAUCCACAGAGAUGACAGCAUUGCCUCUAUCAUGCUGAGCUGGUGGUGUCUUGUGGAAAAUCUGGGAUUUACUUGCUCUACUGAACGUAGAGUGUUUUUCAAUACCAAGGAAUUAACACACACACUUAAAAAAAGUAUGUAAGUUUGUACUGUAUGUAUGUUAACAUACAUAGCAGGACAUGUAUGAGAAGUUCUUAACAAAUUCAAUAUGUCUAUAUGCAUUUUUGUAUAUUUUUAUGUACAUUUACGCACAGAUCUGUACCUUUUUAUAUAAAUAUAUGCUCUUUAUCUUUGUCCAAAAACAAAGUGAAUCAAUCUUAAAAUGGCUUAAGAGAUUGAGAAACUCAAGAAAGAGAAUGGUUGUUCGAGGAUUUGUUUUUUUCCGACUCAUUUUUAAUGCAGUUUGCACAGAUGUGUAGCCGUAGACAUGUUGGCACUUGAUGAAGAGGCAUUCAGAGAGGAGGAGGAGGGGCAGAAAGAGGAGAGGCCAGUCCCAGGCUGCGACGAGUCCUGAUAGCUGCACAGUGCGGUGAGGAGGAAUUGGGGAUCAGGAGUCGCGAACAGAGGCCUCUGAGGUCGGGGUCUGGGUGAAGGUUGGAAGUGUGAUGGUCCUUCUUCCCUCUCCAUAUAACUGUUUGAGGAGGAGCUAAGGGUUGUGUCCACCAGCGUGUCCAAAAUACCUUAGUCAUCUCAGUUAGAAACCAAACUCUGAACUCCCUUUGUUAUUGCAUCACAGCAGUUGUCUUCACAAGCUUGAUUUGCCAAAACUGGUUUCUGCCAGCUCAAACAUUUUUUUAAAUCUUUUAAGAAACUUCACUGAGAGGUUAGGGUUGACAUGAGAGCAUAAGGAGGGAGCAUUAACGGUUUUUAACUUUUUGGGCACCUUGUCAUAGAGGUCCCACACUUGCCAAAAAGGACACCAGGAAGAGGGACUGUAGGUGUAAUCUGGUGUUUUUGUUGAGGACUGAGACCGACGUCAGUGAUAGACUGCACUUAACUGUCCCUUAACUGCAUUAAGGGUCAGCAAAGGAGAAGGCUCUUAGCAAGGAUCAACCAUUUCAUUAGAGAUAGUUUUAAGCCUUGGCUAUAUCACAACAGAUAUAUAUUAAUAAUGAAAAGGGAAUUUAUAUAUUGUAGGUAUUUAACAAAUUGAUCUUGUUUUGUAUACCUGAGCAUGCUGUGGUGCUGUGUGCUCUCUAACAGUCUGUGUAACCAAGGGGUUGGUUGUUGCUUUAUAAUGUGGGAGGACUUUUUGUUUUUUGUUGCUGUUUUUACUGAUCACAGCAGCAUGCAAUACAAGGUAUAGAUGGUUUUCUGGGGCAAAAUGCACUUCUGCUAAACUAACAGGAAGUGUGAAAUGAAUUCAAACAAAAGGUAGAGAGUUCUGUAAUAAUACAGAGAAAAACUCAAUUUGGACAAAAGGAUAUUAGCAUACACCAUGUCACUCAGCUUAAGGUCUUAAUAUAAUCAUAUUUAAAUUUAGAUCAAAAGAAUAAAAUAAAGCAGCUAUUUGUGCUCUAGCUUUUAAUCUACCAAAUGUCAAAUUUAGUGACACAGCUAGGUCUAUUUAACCAAGGACAAACAUAGUCUUUGUGAUCAUGGAGUCAUUCUUAAAGCACAUUGGUUAUAGAGAUGCACCAAUCAGGUUUUUCACAGCCAGUUCCAGUUUUUGAUUUCUGAGGUCUAACUUGCCAGUGACAGUUCUGACCAAUUACCGUUUUUUUUUUCUUCCAGGAACUAUGACAGAUUAAAAAGAAAAAAAUUAUAGAAGAUUAAUUUGCUCCAUCCAGUUUCCCACAUGAACUGUGGUACUCAGGCUUUCUUAUCAAUGUGCUCUUUCCAUUACAACAGAAUAAUAAAGGUAGACUGCAAAUGGAGCUAAAUAUCCUACAAACACCUAUAAAAAUAGUUGUCCCUGAUUAGUUUAUAUUCUAAAUUAGAGAUGUCUUCUUAAAUAUAAAAUAAUCCAUUUGUAAAACCAAGUCACUAUUUAGAGUUGAAAUUGACAUUUUCCUAUCCAAAAACGAUAGUUUACUGGCUGUUAUUCUACAGCUUUUUCUUUAUUUUUUCCUUUCAAGCAGCUGGGCUUUCUUGAUGUAAUGUUUAGUAAGUUAAAAAAAUUUACAUUACUAUAAAAAAAAGAGGUUAGGUCUCUGUUUUGAUGUUUUUUAUAAAUAGGAAAAAACCCUCUGAUUUCUCAUUAUUUGACCUGCAGGUCACUGAUCAGAACCAAUCAAAUGAAAAUUGACCCUAUUCCAUUCUCUGGCCUGACCAAUUGGUGCAUCUCAAAUAAAUGUAUUUCUAGUUGGCAAAAAGUAAAGUGUAACCUGUUUUGAUUAAAAAUGAUUCAGAAAUACAUUUCAUGAAGCCCAGUGUGUGACAUAAGUAGAAUCAGACAUAAUUGGUUAUGAAAGUGCAGAUGUGGACAGGGUCAAAACAGAAACAAAGGUUUAUGUCUCUGUGAGGAACAGCAGUUGAAUCGCUCCGUUGGUUUAAGCUGGCCUUAUAUUAUCUUUCUAACUUGUUUCUAAUGCUGACUGUUCAAUACUCUUGUAAUCACACUUGUUAAAAGACAUUUCUCUGUUUUUUUGAAUAGGAACAUGGUAACCGUAGAUGGGCAUGCUGCCUUCUUUCCGUUACGGGUCACACGAGGUCCUCUUUGUUAUAUAUAAAUAUCAGAACACCUUGUUUUGCAGGAUUUUGUACAUCUUAGACAUCAAUGUUUUUAAAUUCCUCUCCCUUUGUAUGAUAUCUGCUCUGUAUAACUGUUCAAGAUCCAGCUGGAUCAUGAGCUUUUGGACUGAAGUAACAUUUCACCUGGGGCGAGUGUGUCCAACAUCAGAGGCCAUUGCAAACACACACACAUGCACCCAGACCUUUACACAGCCAGAGCUGUGCUUCAGCAUGCCAAUACAUGUCUCAACACCCAGCUUAAAUAAUUACAAGGGUUUUCUUUUCACUAUGUUUUGAUAUAAUGUGCUUUAUGCUAUUCCUGUGGCCUUUCAAUAUGAAUAUACUGUAUAAUCUCAGUAUAUGUAUACGUUUUGAAUUUAUAUGCAAAGUUCCUCUCAUAUUACUAAAACAAUACGACCGAGGUUCCUUGUUUAGAUUCAUAUCCCAUUUACAGUAAAACAAUAAGCAGCGAGAACUUGAUCAUUUGAACCCAAGGACUAUAUUUUAAAACGCAGCUUUUCUAUUUAAAGAGAACACAGUUUAUUUCAACCUGCUUUAUUCUUGGGGGGGUUCAGUGUGUUUCUAACAUCAAAGAGAAAUUGAGUCAUUUUCUCUGUUUGUAAAUUUGCAAGAUCAUGGGAACGGACGUUUCUGUGUCCUUUAAACUUGUAGCUACAGUACAUGUGCUUGCGAGGGGCAGGUGGUGUUAAAAGGAGAGCAGAGAAGAGGAAGGAGGUGAAUGAGUCGGUAAAUGUUACCUCAGUGAGGAAUUCUUCAGGGAUAUUUUUUUUGUUAUUUUCUUUUAUGACAAUGCAUCUUGCAUUGUGUUACAGCUUAAAAGUCACAUUGAAUAACUGUUUUAUUUUGCGCUAUAAGCGGUUUAAAAAAAAAAAAAAGAUGCAAUCUGUCAGACGGGCAUGUUAACCGGGGCAGUUUACCUUUCUGUCUACUGAGAGAAAUAUGAUUGACCCUACGUAGUGUACAAUGUAUGGAAGCAACUCAAGACAUGUUUAUACAGCAAAUAAAUCUUGAAAUAUUUUUUUCUUUAA